ACAGUCAUUGGAUUUUAAGGAACUCCUCCUGGAUACUUUGUAUAAGGACACCGGCGGAGUUUUCCUACAGGCUUCUUCCCCGGGGGUUUAAAACGCUGGAAACAGGUGUAUUUGAGCAAGUCAAGAUGUCCAUUCUCCCUUCAAGGUUCAUUUACGUGUGUUUACAUUUCCUAGUCCUCUAUUUCCAGAUACAGGAAUCUCAGCAGAGUUUGCCUGAUUUCCGUUUCUACAUCGUGAACCACACGAGGAACCCUGACGACCUGAGCCGGAAGCAGAUCCGCAUCUACCAGCUGUACAGCCGCACCACGGGCAAGCAUGUGCAGAUCCUGGGCAAGAAGGUUAACGCCAACGGGGAGGACGGGGGCAAGUACGCUCUCCUGGUGGUCGAGACAGAGACAUUCGGGAGCCACAUCAGAAUAAAGGGAAAGGAGAGUGGCUAUUACAUCUGCAUGAACAAGAACGGCAAAGUCAUCGGGAAGCUCAAUGGGAACAGUCAGGAGUGCGUCUUUGUGGAGGAGUUCUUGGAAAACAACUACACAGCGCUGGUGUCGGCCAAGUACAAAGGCUGGUACCUGGGUUUCAACAGGAAAGGGAGGCCCAAGAAAGGCUCGCGGACCAUGCAAACCCAACAGGAAGUGCACUUCAUGAAGCGCGACCCAAAGGGCAAAGUGGACCCGGUGGAGGACUUCCCUUUCACCACGGUAACCAAACGGACACGCAGGGCAAGGCGUUUAAAACCCAACUCCCGCGUCAAAUGACUGCUGGAUUUCUCAAAGAAAUCUCACGCCUCUUGCCUCAAACGUUGAAGGCCGA